AUGUGAAGACAUCUUUAAACCCUUACCUGGACAAGAUCAACCAAACAGAACAAUUAUGACAACAGGAGUGGCCGGCAUUGGUAAAACCGUGUUAACACAAAAGUUCACUCUUGACUGGGCUGAAGACAAAACCAACCACGACAUACACUUUACAUUUCUCUUAACUUUCAGAGAGCUGAAUUUACUGAAAGGGAAAGAGUUUAGCUUAUUGGAACUUCUUCAUCACUUUUUUAUUGAGACCAAAGAAGCAGGAAUCUGCAGAUUUGACCUGUUCCAAGUUGUCUUCAUCUUGGAUGGUCUUGAUGAGUGUCGACUUCCUCUGGACUUCCAUAACAACCAGACCUGGACUGAUGUUACAAAGCCGACCUCAGUGGACGUGCUGCUGACAAACCUCAUCAGGGGCGACCUGCUUCCCUCCGGUCACAUCUGGUUAACCACACGCCCUGCAGCAGCCAAUAAGAUCCCUGCUGAGUGUGUUGACAUGGUGACGGAGGUGAGAGGGUUCACUGACCAACAGAAGGAGGAGUACUUCAGGAAAAAAUUCAGAGAGGAGAAGCUGGCCAGCACAAUCAUCUCCCACAUCAAGAAAUCAAGAAGCCUCCACAUCAUGUGUCACAUCCCAGUCUUCUGUUGGAUCACUGCUACAGUUCUGGAGGACAUCUUCAAAACAUCUAAGAGAGGAGAAGAGAUGCCCAAGACCGUGACUCAGUUGUAUAUCCACUUCCUGGUGGUCCAGUCCAUACAGGGGGGCAGGAAGUAUCAUGGGAGAGCUGAAACAGAUCUACACUGGAGUUCAGAGAGCAGGAAGAUCAUUGUUUCUCUGGGAAAACUGGCUUUUAACCAGCUGGAGAAAGGCAACCUGAUCUUCUACGAAGCAGACCUGGCAGAGUGUGACAUCAAUAUCAAAUCAGCUUCAGAGUACACAGGAGUGUUCACCCAGAUCUUUAAAGAGGAGUUUGGGCUAUACCAGGGCAGGGUGUUUUGCUUUGUCCAUCUGAGCAUCCAGGAGUUUCUGGCUGCCCUUUAUGUCUUUCUGUCCUUCGUCAACACGGGAGUCAAUCUGCUCUCAGAAGAAGCACCAACCUCUGGUGAAGAUAAACUCUUCCACCUCUACCAGCAUGCUGUGGACAAGGCCUUACAGAGUGAGAACGGACACCUGGACUUGUUCCUUCGCUUCCUGCUGGGCCUCUCUCUGGAGACCACCAUAGACUACCAUAUCUUGAAUGCCCACCACUGCAGUUAUUUUACCACAUUGACUGCACUUGAGCCAACCAUGACUUUAAAAAGUUAG